ACGGUUAAAACAGUGGUUCACCAUCUGACGGACGGAAUGGAUUUACAUAUGAAACAUGUUGGCCCCACAGAGCUUGGGUUUCUUACGCAGUUGCAUAAAACAGGUGUUCUAGACAAUUCGUCCGAAGAGAGCAACGCGCCCGCCUGCCUUCGCCGGAGCCUCCCAACUUACCCCCACUGAACAACCACUGGUGCGCACUGCACACCCCUCCUCCCAAUAACAUCCCCCUUAUCCUGCGCACCCAGGUACGUAAACCGUCACCCGUACAUCUCGCACAGAAACAGUCUCCGUGCUCUGCAUGGUUUCUCCCGUUCGGUGCACUUCGGGAGCAAUCUUAUCUCUGAGGUGCUGUUGCCUAAACUCAUGAUUUUAGAAUUUCGGUCAUUGGUUGACGGGCCGUGCCCUGCUAAUUUCUCAGAUUGGAAAACCCUAGCUACUGAUCAGGUCCCUUUUCAGCUGAACGUGGAUCGUUGCUGUAUUUUCAGUUAUUGAUGUCUGUUUGCAUACCACAAUUUGAAAGGUAUGUGCUGUCCGAAAGCCUGAUGAAAAGGGAUCGAAUGACUACCAUGGGGAUCUAUUGUCGUCUUAGGUAUGGAAUUUUCUACAAUUGUGUUAUGGAAUCAUCACAGAGAAGAAAUCGUGGUGUUGAAUGGUCUCCUAUGCAUUAGAGAAUCCAAAGAUAUUCUUAAUUCAGGUGCUGUUUAAACAACUUGUGAAGAACUACAUGUUCCUGGGGAAGACAUACUAGCCUGCCACCCGUCGGUCGAACAACAUCAAUUGGUGCACUUGAUCUCCUACUUAUGCGAUGCCAGCUAUACAGAGGCUCUACAAUAUCUGCAAGGAAUCAUUCUCUAGAAAUGGACCGGUGUCCGAAGAAGCUCUUGAAAAUGUUCGUGCUAUGUUAGAUAAAAUCAAGCCUUCUGAUGUGGGUCUAGAACAGGAUGCACAGUUAGCACGUGGAUGGAAUGGUUCAGCACUUGGUAUAAAUGGAAAGAAAGGGCGUAAUGGGAGCAACCAGUAUCCGCCUGCUAUUAAGUAUCUGCAUUUACAUGAGUGUGAAAGCUUUUCUAUAGGAAUAUUCUGCAUGCCGCCUUCAUCUGUUAUACCCCUCCACAAUCAUCCUGGAAUGACCGUGUUGAGCAAGCUUUUGUAUGGUUCAAUGUAUGUGAAAUCAUAUGAUUGGCUUGAUUUAGCAGUGCCUGUCGAUCCAUCAAAAGCAAGACUAGCUAAGGUUGUCAAAGAUGAGGAGAUGUCUGCACCCUGUGGCACCACAGUUCUUUAUCCUAAUAGCGGUGGCAACAUCCAUUCUUUCAAAGCCAUUACUCCUUGUGCGAUCUUCGACAUUCUAUCGCCACCAUACUCAUCAGUGGAUGGACGGCAUUGUUCUUACUUCCGGAAAUCUCCAAGAAAGGAUCUACCUGUUGAUUUUGUUGAAGGUGUUGUUCAAUCAAGUGGAAUAAACUCCCCCGAAGUGGCUUGGUUAGAAGAGUUUCAGGCUACCCCUGAUAACUUUGUGGUACAGAGAGGGCUGUACAAGGGCCGGGCUAUUAAGAAAAGAGAUGAUUUGAGAUUUUCCGGAUUGACAUUAGAGAUGGGUAUUUGAAUAAAAAAACAAUUGGAGUCUCGAAUUGGAGUUAUAAUGGGCAGAUGUGGUGGGGAGCAGUGGAUUCUUGCCACUUGGAGAGACCUAGAGAGAGAUGUCAUGGCUCAAACAAAUGGCGUGGGAGCUGGAGCGAGUCCUGCAGCAGGAUGAUGCUUUUGGUGUGUCAAGUAAUUCAUGUAGUGGUUGAGAUAUUACAAGUAUAACAGAGGGUUUUGAAUGUUCAUCCAUCUUGGAGUAAAUUGAAGUUGAUUGCAGCAAAAUGCAGUUAAAUCGAAAUGAUAGAUGAUGGGAAGAUUUUCAUGGCC